AUGGCUACCGUCAGCUGACGUUCAGUGGGGCUUGGUCGACCAACUUUUGUCAACUAAACACAUCAUAAAUGGAAGUUUACGUGGCAGACAGUGACGUUACUAGGAAAGAUGUCAUCUGAAAGUGACACAGAGGAAUUUUACGAUGCGUUUGACGUCACUCCGCAUCGACAAUCAAUGAGGUCAGAAGAACCAGUUGCAGACGUGACUUUAAAGGAACCCCAAUGGGCACCUUUAGAGCAUUCUAUUAUGCUGGGGAACUUGACCACAGGUCAAGACUUGCUACAGUCUGUAGAGAUCAGCCUAAUUCAAGCAAGUCAAACCUCGACUCUUAUGCAGCCACCAUCCCAACCCUUCCUCCACCCACUGAAAGCUUUCCAGGGCGAUGAUGACGACGACGAGGAAGCGCCAAGAGUUCGAUCAGGUGGCAGACGGCGCACAAGACACCAAGAAGUCCGAAGACAGAUACAAAAGGAGGAUGACGACCCUCCAUUUCCUCCCUCACCGGUUGGAAGUCAGUCGUCCUCAAUAGAUGCAGUUUACCCUGCAGGAAGAACCUCUCAUCCCUUUAGAGUUGUUGAACACGAUGCUGCGAGUGUUUAUAGUUCAGUCUCGCUAGGGAAGGUAGGCAAGAUGUUAGCCGGUAUGGAAGCUCAAACUAUACGUGAAAACCAGCUGAGUCAAGACGCUGGCUCUCCUUCAGAAAAUAAAUCAAUAGAGUCGUCACAGUCAGAUCCUUCAAAAGAUAUAUCGUCAUCCAGAAACAUAAUGCAUCCAGGUGAGACAGCAGGAAUGACAAUGUGUCCUGAGCCAGACCUGGUGGCCAGCACAAAAAGCAGCUCAGGCAGCGACAAGUCAAAUAGCCUUCCCCGCAUGGCACAAGAACCUCUUCCAAACCUGCCCUCAAUAGAUAUCACGUUACAGUCGGAAUUGUCAGAAGCGGCUCAGGACGACCAUCUUCCAGGAACUCCACCAAUGGUGCCCACGUCAGCACCAUCUCCAUUCCUCACUUCUACUAACCUCUCUACUGAUAUAAAUUGUCAGUCUAAUGCUGGUGUUCACUCAGCAAGUGUGGGUCAUGGUGCAGCUGUAGCGCCUCGAGCUGUGCCCUUUGCCCAUGCACCAGCUGUUGUUGAACAGCCUCCAGCACAGCUCCUACAAGGUCCACCUCCGCCUAGUUCACCGCGUUUAGUUCCAGUAGCUCCUCCUAGAAGAAGACGAAGAAAUAAACUGAGUACUGAUGAUGACACUGCAAGUCUAGCCAGUGUGUCUUCAUUACCGUCUCCCGCCCUUACUCUCUCAUCUGUCGAUGCUAUCAGCAUUGGUCAGUCUCUAGAUAUACGUCAGGCCGUCCGGGGAGACUAUCUUGUCAAGCCACAAGAUUCAGAAAAUGCUAAAGCAGUGGGUCCAAGUGCUGAAGAAAUAGCGAGAUUAGAAGCCGAGGACACCACCAGCCAGGCCUCCACACCAGAGGUGUCCCGUGCCCCAAGUCGUCUAGCUAACUCGAGCCACCAGCCUUCACCAGCUGGGGGAACCCCCAGUACUCCAGGCACGCCUGGCUCUAUUCCAUCAGAUACUCCGACAUCAGAUGCUGGAGCCAGUCCUGCCUCAAGUAGUGAGGGACAGAUGAAGCAACUUAACCUGAUGGUGCGAACGCGAUCAGACUCGGGCAAAGAAUUGUCUGAUGCUGAAUGGUUUUUGCAGUCUCCCGUUGACUUUGAUGCCUUCAUGAGUGACAAAGAAAUUUUGAAACAAGUGACUGUGCUGAACCUUGACACAGGGGAGAGGAUUCCUCUUAGUGAUGCAGAAAACUGUUUACCACAGGCUCUCAAUCCUCUCUCUCUCCACAUCAUGAGACUUACCAGCGAAUACGUCAGAAGAAGUGUGUCAUGCAAUGGAACACUAAGGAAUACAAAGGAAUACAAAGAACAAUGGACCUUUGAGUCCAGACAAAGCUGCUUGUCUAAUGGGAGUCUUGAGUCAACACGAACAAUUAACUCCAAUGUUGAUGGACAAGAAUCUGACGAGGAGAGUGUCGUGGAUGUCAACAUCAAGAAGUUACCAGAAAUAGACAGUUCAGCCGUUAAGAAGAAAACUUCACAGCUGAAGAAAUUCUUAGGAAGAAAAAUGGAAUCUGCUGUGAACAAAGCACGUUCACUAGCCCAUGAAGUCUCUCACAGACAUCGAGAAGAGAAAGACGUUUUCGAAGAUGAUGCGCCGGCCCAUGACACAAUGCACUAUGUCAAGAUCAAGACUGCCCACAGCCACAAAGGUCCACUUGAGUUUGAUAACCUUAUGUACGUCCAGGAAAUUGCAGGGGAACACACAGGGCCAAUCUGGUGCAUGAAGUUCAGUGGUUGUGGACGCUUGCUAGCCACUGCCGGACAGGACCACGUACUGCGUGUCUGGGUCCUCAAACAAGCCUUCAACUACUUCCUGGAUAUACGCACAAAGUGUAAUGCAGAUAUAAAGGUAUCUCCGACACCGUCCCAAGAGUCUCUCGUAUCUCAACAUUCAGGACAGUCCGGGGAAGACCCGGGAUCACUUGAUCCAAACGACGAUGGUAGUGCACCCUUCAUGCCCAAGCCAUUCUGUGUUUACACUGGUCACUCAGCAGAUAUGCUUGACAUAUCAUGGUCUAAGAAUUACUUUUUACUGACGUCAUCUAUGGACAAAACAGUUCGCCUGUGGCACAUAAGUCGGAAGGAGUGCCUCUGUAUAUUCCAGCACAUGGACUUCGUCACAGCUAUUGCUUUUCAUCCAAAGGAUGACCGUUAUUUCAUAUCCGGAGCACUUGACGGGAAGCUGCGUCUAUGGAGCAUCCCUGACAAGAGGGUAGUUCUGUGGAAUGAAGUGGGAGGACAACCUAAUCUUAUUACUGCAGCUAACUUCUGCCAAAAUGGAAAGUUUACCGUAGUUGGUACGUAUGAUGGCAGAUGUAUUUUCUAUGAAACCGAGCAGCUGAAGUACUACACCCAAAUCUACGUGAGAUCCACAAGAGGAAAAAAUGCCAAGGGUCGUAAAAUUACCGGCAUUGAACCCCUUCCUGGUGAAGACAAGGUUUUGAUAACUAGUAAUGACAGCAGAAUACGUCUGUAUGACCUGCGAGAUCUAAACCUUUCUUGCAAGUACAAGGGUUACUCGAACAUGUCUAGUCAAAUAAGAGCAGGUUUCAGCCACGAUGGAAAAUACAUUGUCGCAGGGAGUGAAAACCAGUGUAUAUACAUUUGGAAAACUCAUCACGAUUACUCAAAGUUCUCGUCCGCACGAAGAGACAGAAAUUUAUAUUGGGAAGGUGUAAAAGCUCACAGUGCUGUUGUGACCUGUGCAGUGUUUGCACCUCACCCCGAGUUGGUGUUCAGCUUUAUUGAACAGCAGCAGGAGAUUCUCAACAAGUCUAGUGGACAGCAGCAAGAACAACAGCAGCAGUGUCAGCAGCAACAAAGUCAAAACAAAGAUAGUGGUACAACUAAUAAAGGCUAUGCACUUGUGUCUGCAGACUUCAAUGGGUGCAUCAAGGUGUUUCUGAAGAAGGAGAAACCCAAACAUUCUUCACUGCCAGCAUCAGCUAUGGUGUAGAAGUAGCACACUCGGGGCUUGGCAUUGUGUUGUGUUUUUAAGCAAAGCACAGUAAACUCUCUGUAUUCGAAGGAGUUACGAUCUCUCAAGGCAUUUUUUUUUUUUAUUAUUUUUAUUAUCACACUGGCCGAUUCCCACCAAGGCAGGGUGGCCCGAAAAAGAAAAACUUUCACCAAGGCAUUGUCAGUGUAAAAAAGGUAAUGAAUAUGGAUACUUGGAACCAUUGCUAAUUUGUAUUAAGCUCACAAGGGAAACUGAACACGAUUGAAAUGUGAUUUUUUUACACACAAUUAUCCUUUUAGCUGUCAUAAGGCUCUUAAUCUGAGUAAUUAGAGCUGCCUGCCUUUUCUUUGGAUCUAAUCUGAUUACCUCCCAUUUUCAAGGUUCUGUUUAUUCCCUGUGGGUCUAACUCUUUUUCCAUGAAAAUAACAUUGAAAUGGUGAACAUUAUAUGACAGAGCACAAAUGUAGAGAUUGUAUAAUACCUGCAGCACGGCGCACCGGGAUCCAUGAUUCAAUAGGCCGAAGAAUAUAGAGGGUUUACUGGGAAUGAAUAACAGCCUAAUGUAGGGCUCUGUGAUGUAAAAUGCAUUAUUUACUCUGUUAAUCAGCUGAUAUUGCUUAAAGGAGAGAGAGAGAGAGAGUAUUGACCCUGAUACAGUGUAGCCUCGCCGUAAUGCAGCACAGGUAAGCCACAGAGAUAUCCCACCUUAUAGUAGUGUGUUGGUGUACUGGUACUACUGUGGUGGUGCACUGCUACCACUGGUGGUGCACUGCUACCACUGUGGUGGUGCACUGCUACCACUGUGGUGGUGCACUGCUCUUACUAUAAGGAAAGAAUCAGACACGUGGACAGAACAAGUCUCUUACUGAAUGAUUUUUUGUCCUUCAGAAAAACUUUUGUCGAAGAUCCAACAAGAGCAAGACUUCAUUAACCAUUAAACUCUCCAAACGUAGAUCUAUGUUUUUUUUUUUUCCAUGCUUUCAAAUGGAGAAAAUCAAGGCGGGAGCGCUAUGUGCAUGAAUGUAGAUCUACGUUUGGACAGUUUAAGGGUUAAAAUCUAUCCACGUAUCUUCGACCAUUUGUCGGCUUCUAAGUUGCACAGCCUUGCAAUAUUGCUAGAGGGAAUAUUUAUGCAUUUGAUAUUAUGGAUUGGACUGUAAUGGCCGCCGGCUACAUUUUGACAGUUCCUUUUAUGUAAAGUGCGAAAAUCUUUUUAUAUCUUGUGUUUUUUGUACUUUGUUGAAGAAUAUAUAUUUUUUAAAUCGUUGUUUGUCUCUUUUAUGUUAUAUUUUAAAAGUUAUUUUUAAGUUAUGUUUAAAAAUUUUGUUUUUUGAAAAAUUAUAUUUGAUUUGUUUAUAUAAUUAUAAUUAUUUAUAUAAUUAUAAUUAUAAUUUGUUUAUAUAAUUAUAAUUUAAACAGUGGAGCACUUGUAUGCCUCGGCUGACAUUAAACUGUCUCAGCUGACACUGACACACUUCAGCUGACGGUGAAAAACCUCAGCUGACCAAGAAAUCUUUCUUUAGAUUUUAGACAAUUAUCUUUGAAUUAUUAAUCGGAAAUGACAUUCAUUCACAUGAUCAGUUUUAAGUAAAAGGACACAGAUGCAACUAAUGUGACAUUGUACUGUGGCAACGUUUUGCUCUCCAGGAGCUUUAUCAAACCGUUAACGGUUUGAUAAAGCUCCUGGAGAGCAAACGUUGCCACAGUAAAAUGUCACAUUAGUUGCAUUUGUGUCCUUUUACCUAAUAUAUUGUCGGUAAUUCUACCAGUAUUAAUAUGAUCAAUUUUCUUUAUAAUUUAAGUGUGAAUGUUGCUUUAGAGUGAAAGGAGUCGAAAUGACAAGCCGUUUUGAUACUCCAUUUAGAAUGCCUAAUCCCAGAAUAAGUCUCACUCGUACACAAACUCAACAUGCCAGGUCUCGGCCAGGUUGACAGGGCAGGAACAUCUCUGAAACUGGUCAUGGGUGUAUGACAUGAGUAUUAGUCACUAGAAAUGUAAAUUGGAAGAGUUUUAACCCCUCAGGGUUGUUUCACCAAAGUCAUUGAGUUUCUUUUAUGAGAUUGAAGAAUUUAGAAUAAUUGCUGUGUACGCCACUGAAUGCAAACUCAUUAAUUCAGCUUGCAAAACGUUAGGUGCACUGUCGUGUUAUAACAGUACAGAUGCUUCCUGCUUUAUCAUAGCUUGAUUUACCAUAUUUCGACUUUACGAUGGUGUGAUAGCAAAGGAUAUUCACUACUGUACAUUUAUUGAUAACAUGAACUUGUAUUCAUUAAUUUACUUUUCAAUACUGGUAUUUAUUUGCAGUAAUUAUUUGUUUAUUUACUUAUUCAGUCACAGUAGCUAUUUAUUUAAUUAUUUGUCUACUUAUUUAUCUUAUCAUAUAUUCAUAUUUGCUUUUGAUAUUUGCAACUUACAUGGGUUCAUUGGAAUGUUACCCCAUCGUACGUUGAGGAGCACCUGUUUGUAUGGUAAUUAUUAGUAUCAGUGCCUUCCAUCAGCCACCCAGGGAGGUGCAGCAGUAUCAUCCUGUCAUCAGAGUGUCAAGCAGAGACCUGUUAAAUGUUUAACACUCUGGCAGGAGUGCUGGUCUUUUUGUCUCAUAAGUUCGUAAGAUGACAGGUAAAUCUUGCAACGAUUACUAACAUCUGGUAUACAAUACAUGCAUGUUAAAGUGUGUAUGUGUAUAUGCACACUCCUCGUGUGAAUUUAUUGAUAGUCUUUGUCUCUCUAGUGUUUUUUUAAUUCUAUGGGGAGGAGGGUUAGAAUUCUUGGUAGGAAUAAGAAUCAGAAGUGAAUAUAGGGGAGAGCAUAGAAGCAAUUGUUAGAAUGAGAGGGGGUAAAAUAGCUGCAUCAGUAGGGAUUAAGACUGAGAUGUUAAAGGCAGAUGGGUGUGCAGUUUUGAAGUUGGUGAAUUUGUUUAAUACAUAAAAAAAAAAACAUACCACGGGUGGGGUUUGAACCCGCGGUCAGAGAGUCUCAAAACUCCAGACCGUCACGUUAGCCAUUGGGUCAGCUAGGUGGCCCAGUGGCUAACGUGACGGUCUGGAGCUUUGAGACUCUCUGACCGCAGGUUCAAACCCCACCCGUGGUAUGGUUUAUUUGCAAUCGUGUCAUUACGAUUUCAUGAGUCUUGUUUAAUACAUACAUGAAAGGAACUAAGGAUUGGCAGAGAGCCUUAAUAGUUACUUUGUAUAAGGGAAAUGGAAACAAAGGGUAAGAACUAUAAAAGAAACCUGUUGAUAUAUCAUAAAGUAUACUGCACAGGUUACUGAACAGGUUAAGGGAAGACAAAGCAGGAGUGAAGAAACGAGGAUGAGUCAGGAAGAGUAAAAUGUGUAGAUCAGGUGAAGAAUAUAAAUGAAUAAUAAUGCAUGGGAUUGUUUGUCAUAUUUAUAAAUCUGGAAAUAACAAAAAAAGGCACAAUACCGUGACUGGAUCUUUUAGAGGAGGUGCCUUAAAGCCAGUAAAUGGUUCUUGUUUCAAGGAAAUGGAGCUAAUGUUCUUGGGUCCAGUCUGAUUGCUUCCCUUUCCCCAGAGGUUAUCCCCUACAGGUUUAACACUCCCUAUGUAUGUAAUAUUGAUAUGGAUUUAGCAAAAGCAUAUGACGGGGUGGAUAAGGGAGCAAUAUGUCAGACGUCGCAAAUGCGGAGAAUCAGUACUAUGGUAUCAAAAGAAUUAUAUUUUUUUUUGUGAGAAGAGCAAGACUUGGAUUAGGGGUAUAUAGGGGACCAUUUUCUUUUUGAGCCACCCUACUUUGGCGGGAAGCGGCCAAUGUGUUAAUUAAAAAAAGAUAGAGGAAUGCAGCAGAGCAUGUUAAAGUUAGGAAUCUGGAGGGAGUGAUGUCAUGUUUGAGAGCAAUGUGUGGAGCGAACAUCCAAAUUCAGUGUUCAGAAAUUAUGGAUUAUGAAAGGUUUUCAGAUGGUGCAUGAAGGAGUGAAGCUGUUUGGGCAGUUAAGAACACAAUAAAGAAGGAGCACUGUAGCAUGCCUGCAGGCCCAUAGAGAGAAUGGAGCAGGAUAGAGUGACCAAGAGGGUAUAUAAUUCCCCAGUGGGAGGGGAGGAGGGCCUAUCCUAGGGGCAGAGGGUGUGCAGGUGGUUUGAGUGAUAAAUGUUUUGACAUCCAGCAAGCAUGUUUGAGCAAAUUUGAUUGGGGUGAAUGGGAAUAAAAGUGAUUUUUAGAGAUUUGACUUGCUAUUGGAGUGUGAAGGUAUGAUUUGUGAAGAGAUUCAAUUCAACCAGUUAGCUGGACUCCAUUCCUGGAGGUGUAAAAUGCUGUGUCUGCACUGUGGCGGGGUGGGGGUGUUGCAGUUCGGAAGGUCAUGUGAUUCGUGUCAGCACACUUCUGGCAAGACAGCUAUUGAGCAAAUGAUGGUGAAAGAUUUAUUUUUGUCAUCUUGGUGGAUGAUCAUUAUAGUAAAAACAAAUGGUUAGGCCUAUGACUUAAUUUAAAAUUGCAGUAAAUAUUAUAUAGAAAAACUGUAUUAAACUUAAGUGUUCGGAAGCACUUCAAGCGCAAAAAAAUUAUAUCGUCAGGAAUCACUAAAUUCAUUAUUGUAAUCAAGUGAAGCACUAAACCCGCAAGGAUCACACAGCCGUUGUUAAACUUGUUUCAUAUUAUGGAUCAACUGUUCUUAUUCCCUGGAGGAAGUGGUACCUUGAUAGUGAGGGGCUCUUGAUUCAAAUAUCUGAACUUAUUUCUCCUGUGGAUUCAGUCUGAAUGUUUCCCAUUCCCCAGGAACUAUGUGACCCCUACAGGUUUAGUGCUUCGCCCUGAUUGAAAGAAAAUUAGUAAAAUUCUGUUAUGGUAGUGUAUACAACGGCGUGCUUGUGGACGGAUGAUCAUCGGACACUUGGCUGACAGACAUUUCACUGAGGGACAGGUGGCCAAAUGGACGUCUCACUGAUGGACAUAUGGCCGAACUGGUAUUCAUCACAGCACGUUUUCCAAACAUUUAAAAGAAGAAAUAAUAAUAAACCUAAAAAGGCCAUAAAAUAACAAACCUAAUGUAAUGUUAACCUAGUUUAACCUAAUUAUCUGUUUGGCCAUAUGUCCGUUUGGUGAAAUGUCCGUUUGACCAACGUCCUUUGGUGAAUUGUCUGUCAGCCAAGUGUCUGUCGGUCAUCCGUCCGGGACGCAGCAACGUUGAUAUAAACCCUAGUAACAGAUACUGACAUGUUUACAAAUGCCACAAUAGCCACGUCCAAGCGUUUUCUCGCUUGUCCAGCUAAUCGCUACCUGCACGUCAAACUUCACAUUUCUGAGAGCCACAAGAAACUAGGUACAUCUUAUUUUCCAGUAUCAUGAAGGGGCUUUAUAAUAAGGCUACACUGUUCAGGGUGUGAUCUGAUUUACGAGUCAAAAAUUUACAUUAGUAUGUUGAAGACGAACAGACCCAUCAUGGUUUGACAUUCUUAUGUACACUUGUGUCACAUGAAUUGCCGCAUAGGAAAUAAAAUAUAUUUUUUCUUUAUAGUUUUGGAUAUCACAUUAUGUGUAUUUAAUGUUGACUUAUAACUCGAUAUCUUUUAUUUUAAAAUGCCAAAAACUAUUAUUUACUUCGAGAAAUUUCUGUACAGCUUGUGUUGACACUAGCCACUUAUGUGAUUGUAAUUAAUUAAAAGUCAAGGGAGUUUUAGCAGAUCACUGAUGCUGCCUACCAAUGUUUGUGCUGAUGUUUAUAAACUCAUUUACCACCACAUAUCAAUAUUCAUAAAUUUUGUUAUUGUAAA